AGCCGAAAGUGGGGCUCUCUAGCCCGUUGCGAUCUCUAUGGUCAUGCACUUUCAUCUUAGCCCAGAAACGAUCAUGUGACUUGCCGGCCAAGAUGGCGACCUCCUUGCGGCCCGGGAAGCGCCUGCGGCGGGCUUCGGCAGACCCUGAGCUGAGACGACUGGAUUCAGAACUGCUGGCGGAACUCGAGGCGGCCUCGGCGGCCGGUCCCGGCCUGCCCUUCGAUCUGGUUCGGAGGCUUCAUCAAGCCCUGCGAGAUGCGGGUUCUCAAGUGUAUCUUCAUGAACUUCUUGAAGGCAGUGAACUCUUUCUUCCUGAAGUGAAAAAACCUCCCAGGAACCCAGAAUUAGUCGCCCGGCUAGAGACACUCAAGGCUAAGCUAGCCAAUGAAGAGUACAAGCGGAUGACAAGAAAUGUCAACAACCAGGAACUGAACCGAUAUGGCACUCUGGCUGACCUCGGAAGGCAAGUUAGGUCCACCAAAGCCGUGGUCAUCACCAUAUUCAACUUCCUGGUGACUGUGGGAGCAACGUUUGCCUGCACCUAUCUGGGCAGCCAGUACAUCUUUACAGAAAUGGCAGCGCGGGUGCUGUCAGCUGUGAUUGUUGCCUCUGUGGUGGGUUUGGCAGAACUGUACGUGAUGGUGAGGACUCUGGAAGGGGAACUGGGAGAGCUGUAACCUGAGUGGACUCCUGAAGUCUUUCGGACCCUGAUGCUUCAGCAUAUCAGGCUUCCCAUCAAAGCAGUUGGAGAUCACCUGCAAAUCCAAGAAGGGGCCACCUCUCUAUCUUCCCCAGCAGCUGCUGGCUCUGGACAAAGUCAAGACUUUUGCUCUCUGAUGCAAUAAGCUGCUUGAGGUCUCUCGCAUGCCCCUCCUUUCUUCCUCCCUUGCACAAGCUCACUCCUGCUCUCCAGUCUUUUCUGCGUGCAAGCGUUUGCAGCUGUUGGGUGUGAGUGAGGCCUCCCUUCAGCUAUUGACAAGAAAAGCAAUUUCCUGCCAGCACUGGAAGAUCUGUGAUCAUCUCACAUCUUGAUACCACUUCUGUGGGUCGUGACACUUCAACGGGCCAAGACAGGGAUUAGUCCUUUCACUAUUGUGAUAAACCUGUGAAAUGCAAUGUCUCAUUGCUGGCUGUGUGGGUUCAGUAAAGUGAUGUCUUGCCUUGUUUAGAAGUGGAUUUCUGCUGUGUGCAAUAAACUCACUAAUGA